ACCCAGCUCUGUCGCAAGCUGCAAGCUCCCGGGCUCCCUGCGCCCAGCCACCGCGCACGACAGGGGACGAUGCUGACGCCUCCUCCCAGCAGCACCCCCCACGCACCCCCUCCACCGCCAGCAGCAGCGUCCAGCGCACCCCCUCCCACCCACACACAUAGACAGACACACGCGCAGAUCCGGCCUCCUCACCCCAGACAGGCUGCAGCCAGCGUUUGGCCCCGGCACAGGCCUGGCCCGACGGAAAAGCUCCCAGAGAAAACAGCCCAGCAGCGCUGCUCACACAGCGGCAGCCCCUGCAUGCUCUUCCUCCACCCAGACGCACACACAGAGGAAAAGAGGUGCGGGCAUCCGCGCCCCGUCUUCACAGAUGCGGCCAGCGCUAAGCCUCCAAGAUGGGGUCUAUGCCUGAGGUCUCCAAGAGCACCACAGGGCGCCCCACAGCUCCCCAGCAGCUCGACCAGGCCCAAAUCAAUCAAGUGCGUUAUUGCCAGCCUCACACAGACCUUCCUCUCAUCAGAGGCAGCAGAUGAAGCAGGAAAAAAAUCGCUUAAAGCAAAGCCAGCCAAGCCUGUUUAUCCGGUUUCUCUCCGGUUACCCCUCAAGCUCCCCCCAGCAAAGAAAAGCACCCCGGGUGGUCGUAAUUGACUCUUUUUCUUUGGAAGGAAGCGAGGGAGAGACAGAGAGGGAGGGAGACACAGAGACAGAGAUGGAGUAAGAGAUAGACCCAGAUGGAGAGACAGAAAUACAGACAGAGACUGGGGGGGGGGGGGCACACUGGGAUGCCCACAGUUUGAUCAACUCCAGCCUUGAGGAUUAGUCUUGCUUUGCAGGGAACUGACUCUAUCCUUACUGCAGAUAGAUAAUUUCUCUCUCUCUCUCUCUCUCUCUCUCUCUCUCUCUCUCUCUCUCUCUCUCUCUGUUUAUACAUACGGAAGGCAGCGUUACUUUAUAAACACGCCACAUACUCUUCCACCUUACCCCAGCUGAUGGCAGCAAAUGGUCCCUAUAACCCCCCCCAACAUCUUAAAAAAAAAACACUCAGAAUAAAAUGAGAUGUCUCUGGAGCAGAAUGCACGCAGCUCACAGCACAUGACGGGCUGCACAUAGAUGUCCACACACCCACCCGCCCUCCCAGCCUCCCACCCUGCAGACACGGAGUGGCUGGUAGAAGGAGAGGAAAAAAAAAAAAAAGUCUUGCCCAAAUUUUACCAAACCGAAGGCAGAAAAUAAACAGAGAAAUAAAUAAAUAAAAGAGAUGCACGCCAGACUAAGGGGGGGGGACCAAAUGUCUCCAGCAUCGUCACCUUUUGGAAGGGAGAAAUAGCAGAGACAGAGACAGAGACAGAGACAGAGACAGAGAGAGAGAGAGAGAGAGAGAGAGAGAGAAGGUUAAUGAUAACCCAGAGACAUCCUCGCAUCGUGCCUACCUGAGCCAGCGUGAAGCUACAUCGGUGGCCAGACUGCGCUGUACUCAUCCAGAUUUUUCCAGGGACCGGAGCCCAGCAGGAGGGUGAUUCAGGAGGUUACCACACACCAGCCGGGCUUGCUUAUCCAAAGGAAUGUAAGGACAGGGAGACCACCGUCAGAGGGAAAUGAGCUGCUUAUGUUCUCCAAAGUCAGUGGCCAGCAAGAGAAAAAUAAAAAUCAAGAAGCACAAGAAGAUCGAAGAAGAUGAAGAAGAGGAAAAAUUGUUUUAAAAGACGUCAGAAUCAGCGCAGGAAGGAGCCAGCCAGCGGCUGAAUAAGAGCUCUGGGCUUGGAGACAGAGAUGGGAGAGCAAGCCGGCUUUGCAAGAAAAAAGAGAGAUUGAGAAGCCAGGUCCUGCUGUCUCCGGAGCUCUCCCUCUGCUAUUGGACCAAACUGAAUGAAAUUUACAAAGCCAGCAGCCAAUAGAUCUCCGCCGUGGGGCCCAUCACUACAGAAAGCUCUUACACAGCUACAACCUAUGCAAAGAGCAGCUAAUCCCAGUGCAAAGCCUCUGUGACACAGAGCCCCGGCUGCCAGGGUGGGAGCACAGGGCACACACCGGCCACCAUGCUACCAGUGCACAGGCAGGUAUCCUCCUGGGCUGCCUGGGGAUCUUCGCAAACCCUGGACAUCAAACAGGCUGCUGCGGGAGUAGCCCACAUCUUUAACUCUUUAAGGUCUUUCGCCCAGGGAUUCGAGGAUGGGGGAAGCACCAUUGCUCCAGGCGCUGGGUUACUGGGACUGUAUCCUGAGGAGAAACAGCCAUGUCCAAAUUACUGGUAUGAAAUUACUGGUGUCCAGGUGACGACUGUAAAGUGGGGCUUGCUUUUGUGUGGUGUGUGUGUGUGUGUGUGUGGUGUGGUGUGUAUGUGUAUGUGUGUGUUCUCUCUCUCUCUCUCUCUCUCUCUCUCUCUCUCUCUCUCUCUCUCUCUCUGUGAUAUACUCAGGGUUUUGAUGAAAACAUUUCAGCGAUCUUUGUGAUGCAGCCAUCAGACUGAAAUAUCUUUAAUGCACUCUGAAGUUGAAGAAAUGUCUCCCUCCUGGCCACAGUUCCUCGUGAAGCCAUGGAAGCUUGUGUUCGAAGUUUGGUCACAAGUGAGGCCACGUCUGAAGUUCUUAUUUGAUAAAUCAGACAUCAGCAGACAACUUCCUGAAGGGUUCGAGAGGCAGCUAUGUGGGGGUGUGCUUGCAGAGCCUGUGUGUGAGGGCCUGGUUUCAUUCACCAACAAAACAUACACACACACACACACACACACACACACACACACACACACAUAUGCAAAAUUAUAAUCAUACUGUUAUUUGAAAUUGAACAAAAAUUUUUCAGUUAGAUUGGUUGGGUUCUAGUCACUCACGAGCUUAGUUGUAUAUUUCAGCAUUUUUUUUUCUCUAUUGCUAUCUCUGCAACACAAAGAUAAAAUUUUCCCUCUCAUCGUAUAUCACAGUAGUCUGUGCCUGUGUUUAUAGCGACACCACUCAUAACAGUGAAAAUCAAGAAGCACCCUAAAUGUCCAUGGAUGGAGGAGAGGAUGAGGAAAGUUGUUUUACACACAAAUGGAGUACUAGUCUCCCAGAAAGAAAGAUACACUUGAGUCAUCUGUAGGAACAUGCGUGCAACUUGAGACCAUAAUAAAGGGAAGUUAAUUAGACACACAAACUUUAGUAUCCCAUGCUUUGAUUCUCUUACAUGAGAAGCACAAGUUAUCAACAGACGGAAAAAUACAAGAUAAUAGCAACUAGGGAGAGAGAUCUUUGAGAAAUGGAAAGGAAGCAAAAGAAUUAGGGUGUGUUCUGCCCACCCACCAAAUGCACACAGAGAAUGUAAACAGGAUGUGGUGAAAAACAAGACUGAUAAUAAAUAAAGACGACAUUUCACCGUGUGAUGAUUCCUUGAGUUGUUAUAGGAAGUGGGUCUCAAGAAGUGAAAAUAAAUAUUCGUUGACCUCAAA